AUGCGAUUUGAGAGUACUGUAGAGUCACAGAGACAUUCUCAAUCAAUGUCUGACAAUGAUAACUUUUCUUUAAUUCCUGAACUAAAAACAAAUAGGGAUUUGGAGAGACAUGCAAGUCAAGUCUACCCUUUCACUAACUUUUACAAGUUUCAAGAGCAGCUGUGGCUUGCUUGUAUGGAUUGUGAAGUAGAGGACAAGAAAGAGACAAAAGAGGGACUAGUUAUAACUAUAGCUAAUCAUUCUCGAAAAAAUGGGAAGAUGCGUGAGGUUGUAUAUAACCCUACGAGUCAUGUGGCACACUAUUCAUGCAAAAUGUUCCAGUGGACCAAGAUGGAAGCAAGGAAGUCGAUUUUUAAUGUGCCCAGUAACCUUUUGGAAGGUUGUUCCAAAAUAGAUAAUGAGGAUAAGCUCAUUCCUAAUAAUUGGUUGGAAUUAUUGAACAACAUGAAUUUGGAAGGGUGUUCUGUUGCAGGCGGGAUGUUGUCUAUGGUUUCUGUUUUAGCUCUAGCCGAUGGUGGUGGUGGUAUUGCUGAUGUUGAUGUGGUGUUGGUGUUGCUGAUGUUGAUGUGGUGUUGCUGA